CAGUUCCAUUAAACGGGGCGGCACACCCAAAUCUGCAUAUAUACCAGGGGUGCAGAUUAACCCCUUUCAUCGACAGGAUCAUACAGCAACCAUGAUUUCUCUGGUCUUCGUUCUGCUCAUUGGAGCCGCUUUCGCCACGGAGGACGACAAGAUCGUUGGAGGGUAUGAGUGCAAGGCCUACUCCCAGCCCCACCAGGUGUCUCUGAACUCUGGGUACCACUUCUGUGGUGGCUCCUUGGUCAAUGAGAACUGGGUUGUGUCUGCUGCUCACUGCUAUGAGUCCCGUGUGGAGGUGCGUCUGGGCGAGCACAACAUCAAGGUGACUGAGGGUAGCGAGCAGUUCAUCUCUUCAUCCCGCGUGAUCCGUCACCCCAACUACAGCGCCUACAAACUCGACAAUGACAUCAUGCUGAUCAAGCUGAGCAAGCCCGCCACCCUCAACACCUACGUGCAGCCUGUUGCUCUGCCCAGCAGCUGUGCUCCCGCUGGCACCAUGUGUACCGUCUCUGGAUGGGGCAACACCAUGAGCUCCACCGCUGACAAGAACAAGCUUCAGUGCCUGAACAUCCCCAUCCUGUCCUACAGCGACUGUAACAACUCCUACCCUGGCAUGAUCACCAACGCCAUGUUCUGCGCUGGGUACCUGGAGGGAGGCAAGGACUCUUGCCAGGGUGACUCCGGUGGCCCCGUGGUGUGCAAUGGUGAGCUUCAGGGUGUUGUGUCCUGGGGUUACGGAUGUGCUGAGCCCGGUAACCCCGGUGUCUACGCCAAGGUGUGCAUCUUUAAUGACUGGCUGACCAGCACCAUGGCCACCUACUAUCCUGACAUCAUCAAUGAAAUUAAGAACUAUGACAAGUUUACCCAAUCAGAGAAUGCAGCCAAGGUCAAGGAGGACCUGGAUCUCCUAGAGAAUGUGACACUUAACAUCGCUGUGACAGGGAAAAGUGGGUCAGGAAAGUCCACUUUCGUUAACGCCUUACUUGGACUGGAUGGGGACGAGGGAGCAGCAGAAACCAGAGUGAUGGAGACCACCAUGAAGGCCAUUAGAUGCUCCCACCCCACCAUGACUAACGUGAAAAUCUGGGACCUGCCUGGUAUCGGCACCCCAAACUUUAAAGCAAAGAAUUACCUGAAGGAGGUCAAGUUUGAAACCUACGACUUCUUCGUCAUCAUCGUCACUGAGAGGUUCAAAGAGAACAACAUCAUGCGGGCCUCAGAGAUGAAGAAGAUGUUCUACUUUGUCCGGUCGAAGAUCGACAAUGACAUCCGAGCAGAGGCAUGGAAGAAGAACUACAGGGAGGAAGAUUUGCUCUCCAAGAUCAGACAUAAUUGUGAGGAGAACCUGAAGACCGUAGGGAGCCCAAAAGUCUUCCUCAUCUCCACCUUUGAGCUGGGGAACAAAGAAGUACCUGAAGGAGGAAAAACCUACAACUUCUUCAUCAUCAUCGGCACAGUGAGGUUCAAAGAGAACAACAUCAUGCUGGCCAAAGAGAUCCAGAAUAUGAAGAAUAUGUUUUACUUCGUCCGGUCGGGGAUUGACAACGACAGCCGAGCUGAGGCAUGGAAGAAGAACUACAGGGAGGAGGAUUUGCUCUCCAAGAUCAGACAGAAUUGUGAGGAGAACCUGAAGACCAUAUGGAACCCCAAAGUUUUCCUCAUCUCCACCUUUGAGCUUGGGAAGUACGAUUUCCAGAAGUUAAUCUACUCUCUGGAGGAAAACCUCUCAGAGCACAAGAGCCCCCAGGAGUGUGUCUUUGAUCAGCCAGUGUUCACCGGACAGACAGACACCAUGAGACUGCUCGCUCUGAUACUGCUGGUUGGAGCUGCUGCGGCAGUGCCCCGUGAGGAUGGUAAGAUCAUCGGUGGCCAGGAGUGUGAACCUCACUCCCGACCCUGGAUGGCCUCCCUCAACUACGGGUACCACUUCUGCGGAGCCGUGCUCAUCAAUGAGCAGUGGGUGCUCUCUGUCGCUCACUGCUGGUACAACCCCUACGCUAUGCAGAUCAUGCUUGGAGAGCACAACCUGCGUGUGUUUGAGGGAACUGAGCAGCUCAUGAAGACUCAAAACAUAAUCUGGCAUCCCAGCUAUGACUACCAGACGCUGGACUAUGACAUGAUGCUGAUCAAGCUGUUCCACCCUGUGGAAAUCACUGAUUACGUAAAGCCCAUCCCGCUGCCCACCAGCUGCCCAUACGCAGGCCUCCCCUGCUCUGUCUCUGGCUGGGGCAACAUCGCCACCGGAGAGGAGGUAAACAUGCCCGCCCGUCUGCAGUGUCUGGAUGUGCCCAUACUGGAGGAUGAGAAGUGUGAGAUGGCCUACCCUGGCAUGCUCACCCGCAGGAUGGUGUGUGCCGGAUACAUGGACGGAGGCAGAGACGCAUGCAACGGGGACUCUGGAAGUGGUCUAGUGUGUUUGGGUGAGGUUCAUGGCCUGGUGUCCUGGGGUCAGGGCUGUGCCGUGCCCGGAUACCCCGGAGUCUAUGUCAAAGUGUGUGAGUUCCUCCCCUGGAUCGAUGAGACCAUGAAGGCCAACAUGUAACAACACUAGCUGCUUUCCUCCUUGUCUCUCAGACCUCCACUCCUCCAAACUCUUCCUCCCUGUCUCUCAGACCUCCACUCCUCCAAACUCUUCCUCUCUCUCUCUUUCUCUCUCUCUCCUCCUAGUUUGAUACUAAAGUGGAAUCAGCACAGAGUGUAAGCAUGUCAAACACAAUAAAGCCUGAAGUUACACUAUC